GCUAUCGGUGGCAGCUUAGCUGCAAUGAUUGGCACCGCUUAUAUAUGCCAAUCGAUGCCAUACCAGGAAGGACUAUUGAAUACCAAACAUCUUGCUUGGCUUGUUCAUACUGGUACUAUAGGAUUUGUGCUUUCUCCACUAAUGUUCAUGGGUGGACCUUUGUUAAUGCGCGCAGCCGCUAUAACAGGCGGUGUAGUAGGUGGCUUAUCCAUGAUCGCUGCCUGUGCGCCGAGCGAAAAAUUCUUGACUUGGGGUGGCCCACUUGGCUUGGCUUUAGGAGGCGUUUGCAUGGCAUCGAUUGGCUCUGCUUUCAUCCCUGCAACUGGCAUGCUUGGCGCUGGCUUGUAUUCUAUUUCAUUAUACGGUGGGUUACUCGUAUUUGGUGGAUUACUUCUUUACGAUACACAAAAACUGGUCAAAAAGGCCGAGACACACUCUUUAUAUCAUCCGGUCAAAUAUGAUCCUAUCAAUGAGUCAAUCGGUGUUUACAUGGAUAUCAUCAAUAUCUUUAUACGCAUUGCAACAAUCUUAGCUGCUGGUGGCGGCUCUAGAAGACGAUAG